CUGGUUCCCGUUAAAGAUCUUCGAUAUUUGACAUUAAUGUUUCCGAUGAAGGAUUACAAAGACGAAUAUCGAGCACAGCCAGCUCACUACAUAUCACAUUUGAUCGGCCACGAAGGUCCAGGAUCGUUACUCUCAGAACUGAAACGUCUGGGAUGGGUGAGUUCGUUAUCGGCUGGAGGUCGUUUAAUAGCGAAUGGAUUCGGCGUUUUCAAUAUUUCUGUUGAUCUAAGUGAAGAGGGGCUGAAACACACGGAUGACAUAAUACGAUUGAUAUUCAACGAAAUUGGCCUAGUGAAAUCGAAUGGACCACUGAGAUGGAUACACGAUGAGUUGAAGCAAUUGGUUGAAACGAAAUUCCGUUUUAAGGUUAUAGUUGCAUGA